AUGCAGGCCCAGGUGCCCACAGCACAUACCCACUCACAACCCAGAUCAGAAGGUGGUGACCCUGAAGCUCCCUGCCCAGCCUUUGGCUGCAGCAUCAUCCCCUCCAUCGUGGUUCCAGGGGCCAAGAGAGCUGGGACCAUCCUGCAGUGGGAGGAAGGAGGGAACACCAGCUGCCCUCUGCUCUUCAUCCAGCUCAACCAGCUUCUCAGCACUCCAGCAGGGCUGGAGUGGAGAGAGAUGUCCAGGUGGAUAAAGUUUGAGGAGAAGGUGGAGGAUGGUGGGCACCGCUGGAGCACACCCCAUGUCCCAGCCCUGACCCUCCACAGCCUUUUCCAGCUGAGGACAUGCCUGCAGAAUGGGACAAUGCUCCUGGAUCUGGAUGCCUCGAGUUUUAAGGAAAUAAUUGAUAAAGUGCUUUCUGGGCAGCCUGAGGAAGCAGAGCUGCAGCCUGAGCUGAGGCAGCACCUGGCAGCCCUUCUGCUCCGCCAGCCACAGCACCAGCCCACCAUGUCCCCCCUGCAGCUCCUGACUGAGCUCAGUCUCUCUCCCUGCCAAGGGAAGGCCAAAAGCUGCUCUGAGCCUGGAGCCCAGGUCUCCAAAACACCUCUUAAGGGUCAGCUGAGAAACCGAUUUAAGAAGAAAAUCCCACGGGGGGCUGAAGCAGCCCACGUUGCUGUAGGUGAAGUGGAGUUCCUGGAGAAGCCCUUCACUGCCUUCAUCCGCCUCAGGCAAGGGGUGGCCCUCGGCUCCCUGGCUGAAGUCUCCCUUCCCAGCAGGUUCCUCUUCAUUUUGCUGGGUCCCCGAGCCAAAGGGAAAGCCUACUAUGAGGUUGGCAGGGCCAUGGCCACACUACUGACGGAUGAGCUCUUCCAAAGGGUUGCCCGGCAGGCUGAGCACCAAGAGGACCUCAUCGCAGGGUUGGAGGCAUUCAAAAAAAAAGUGCUUCCUCCUGGGAAAUGGGACCCCAGUGUCCGAAUUCCUCCUCCGAGUUGUCUGCCAUCUCCACUCAGGAGGCCCAUCAUGCACUCACCAAAUCAGCAGUCCCAUGGCCACCAGGAUGUGGCAGCAGCUGGGGACAGAGCCAGCCUGGGGCACCCAUGCUCCACAGAGGAGCUGGAGAGAACAGGCAGGCUUUUUGGGGGGCUGCUGCGGGACAUCCGGAGGAAGGUGCCAUGGUACGGCAGUGAUUUCUGGGACGCCCUGCACCCCCAGUGCCUCUCAGCAGUGCUCUAUAUCUACCUGGCAACGGUCACCAACGCCAUCACCUUCGGUGGCAUGCUGGGGGACGCGACCGCCAACAUGCAGGGAGUGCUGGAGAGCUUCCUGGGCACAGCCUUUGCUGGCUCCAUCUUCUGCCUCUUUUCUGGCCAGCCCCUGACCAUUUUGAGCAGCACUGGCCCUGUGCUGGUCUUUGAGCGCCUUCUAUUCUCCUUCAGCCAGGACCACAGCUUGGAUUACCUGGAGUUUCGCCUCUGGAUUGGGCUCUGGGUGGCCUUUUUUGGUGUAGUCUUGGUGGCCACCGAGGCCAGCCACCUGGUGCGGUACUUCACCCGCUUCACUGAGGAAUGCUUCUGUGCCCUCAUCAGCUUGAUAUUCAUCUAUGACUCCCUCAAGAAGAUGCUGAGCCUGGCAGAUACCUUCCCCAUCAACUGGCAGUACCGGCUGGACAAUGUCACCUCCUACAGCUGUGUCUGCAACUUGUCCAGACCUGGUCACAGCUCCACAGGGAAUGACACACUGGUCACCUCGCUCCUGGCCCCGCAGCAGCCUCCUGCUGCCCCAGCUGGGCUGAGCAGGACCCAGUGCCUGCGUCGAGGUGGGCACCUCAUGGGAACCAGCUGCCAGUGCCUGCCCGAUGUCACCCUCAUCUCCUUCCUGCUCUUCGGGGGCACCUUCCUCUCCUGCACUGCACUCAAGCGCUUCAGGAGCAGCCGCUACUUUCCUGCAGGGGUGCAGAAGCUGGUGAGUGACUUUGCCAUCAUCCUGGCCAUCCUUGCCUCCUGUGCUGUUGAUGCUGCCCUAGGCCUGGAGACCCCCAAGCUCCUUGUCCCCAGCGAGCUGAAGCCCACAAACCCAGCACGAGGCUGGAUCAUCUUCCCCUUUGGAGCCAAUCCAUGAUGGGUCUGCCUGGUGUCUGCGGUGCCCGCUGUCCUUGCCACCAUCCUCAUUUUCAUGGACCAGCAGAUCACAGCUGUCAUCCUUAACCGCAGGGAGUACAAGCUGCAGAAAGGAGCAGGCUUUCACCUGGAUCUUCUCUGUGUCUCCCUCCUGAUGGUCAUCACCUCUGCCACUGGCCUCCCCUGGUACGUCUCGGCCACGGUCAUCUCCCUGGCACACAUGGAGAGCUUGAGGAAGGAGAGCGCAACCUCGGUCCCCGGAGUGCAUCCUGAGUUCCUGGGCAUCAGGGAGCAGCGCCUGACUGGCCUGGCUGUCUUCAUCCUGACGGGCAUCUCCGUCUUCAUGGCACCUAUUCUCAAGCACAUCCCAAUGCCGGUUCUGUACGGGGUCUUCCUGCACAUGGGGGUGGCAGCACUGAACAGCAUCCAGCUCACAAACCGUGUGCAGCUCCUCCUGAUGCCAGCCAAGCACCAGCCAGACCUCUCCUACCUCCGCCAUGUGCCCCUGCACCGCGUGCACCUCUUCACCAUUAUCCAGCUGCUGUCUCUGGCCCUGCUCUGGGUCCUAAAGUCCACCACAGCUGCUAUUAUUUUCCCAGUGAUGCUGCUGGCGCUGGUGGGGCUGGGGAAGGGGCUGGAGCGGGUUGAAUCAUUUAUUUUGGACCAAGAAGAUCUUGAUAACCAAGUACUUAAAACCACGUCGGAGUUAUUCGUAUCGAGUACUGCAGAAGGUGCGGACUUGAGAACUGUGGAUCCAGAAACACAAGCAAGACUAGAAGCCUUACUGGAGGCAGCAGGAAUUGGUAAAUUGUCCACUGCUGAUGGCAAAGCCUUCGCAGAUCCUGAGGUUCUCCGGAGACUGACCUCCUCCGUCAGCUGCGCGCUGGAUGAAGCUGCUGCGGCCCUGACGCGGAUGCGAGCAGAGAACAAUCACAAUGCAGGACAAGUGGACAAUCGCAGCUUGGCGGAAGCGUGCUCGGAUGGGGAUGUCAAUGCUGUCCGGAAGCUGCUCGAUGAAGGAAGAAGCGUAAAUGAACACACUGAAGAAGGGGAAAGUCUCCUUUGCUUGGCCUGUUCAGCAGGCUAUUAUGAAUUGGCACAAGUGCUACUGGCAAUGCAUGCCAAUGUUGAAGAUCGAGGGAAUAAAGGAGACAUAACUCCCUUAAUGGCAGCUGCCAGUGGAGGCUAUGUAGAUAUUGUUAAACUUCUCCUUGUUCACUGUGCAGAUGUCAACGCACAGUCUUCAACAGGGAACACAGCUCUCACUUAUGCUUGUGCUGGGGGCUUUGUUGACAUAGUGAAGGUGCUAUUGAAAGCUGGUGCUAAUAUAGAAGAUCACAAUGAGAAUGGGCAUACCCCCUUAAUGGAAGCAGCCAGUGCAGGUCAUGUUGAGGUUGCAAGAGUAUUGCUGGAAUAUGGUGCAGGAAUCAACACUCACUCCAACGAGUUCAAAGAAAGUGCACUUACACUUGCAUGCUAUAAAGGCCAUUUAGAUAUGGUUCGUUUUUUGCUUGAAGCCGGAGCUGAUCAAGAACAUAAAACAGAUGAGAUGCACACAGCGCUAAUGGAGGCCUGCAUGGUAAAAAGCCUUUAUUUGUCCUCACUUUUCAAUGAGAGAGGAAUAAAAGAGGUUAUAAAAAGGGCAAACAUAAAUGCACAGACAGAGGAAACACAAGAAACAGCUCUUACUCUGGCAUGCUGUGGAGGGUUUUCUGAAGUAGCUGACUUCCUUAUUAAGGCAGGAGCUGAUAUAGAACUUGGUUGCUCAACACCUUUGAUGGAAGCUGCUCAAGAGGGUCAUCUUGAAUUGGUGAAAUACUUGCUGGCAGCAGGAGCUAAUGUUCAUGCCACCACAGCAACAGGAGAUACAGCUUUGACCUAUGCCUGUGAAAAUGGACACACUGAUGUUGCAGAUGUGUUGCUUCAAGCUGGUGCUGAUUUGGAGCAUGAAUCCGAAGGUGGGAGAACCCCACUAAUGAAGGCUGCACGAGCUGGUCAUUUAUGCACUGUGCAAUUCCUCAUUAGCAAAGGUGCCAACGUUAACAGGGCUACGGCUAAUAAUGACCACACGGUGGUGUCACUGGCGUGUGCAGGAGGCCACCUGGCAGUUGUUGAGCUCCUUCUGGCUCAUGGGGCAGAUCCUACUCAUCGGCUCAAGGAUGGCUCAACAAUGCUUAUUGAAGCCGCCAAGGGAGGCCAUACAAACGUUGUGUCUUACUUGCUGGAUUACCCAAACAAUGUUUUGGCAGUUCCUGCAGCAGACUUGUCUCAGCUCACGCCUCCAUCUCAGGAUCACUCUCAGGUUCCACGUGUACCGGUGCAUACACUUGCUAUGGUUGUACCUCCCCAAGAACCUGACAGAACCCCUCAAGAGAGCUCGCCACCUCCCUUGGGAGUGGUGAAAGGUGCAUCCAAGCAGAAGUCAAGUUCCGUGCAGGUAGCAGAUAAGGACCUACUGCCACCUUUUCACCCAUACCAGCCUUUGGAAUGCAUAGUAGAAGAGACUGAAGGCAAGCUGAAUGAACUUGGACAGAGAAUUAGUGCUAUUGAAAAAGCACAACUUAAAUCAUUGGAAUUAAUUCAAGGUGAACCUUUAAAUAAAGAUAAGAUUGAAGAACUUAAAAAGAACAGAGAAGAACAAGUACAGAAGAAGAAGAAAAUAUUGAAGGAGCUGCAGAAGGUGGAAAGGCAGUUGCAGAUGAAAACCCAACAGCAGUUUACCAAAGAAUAUUUGGAGACCAAAGGUCAGACAGACACACCACUUCCCCUGCAGCAGCAGUGCCCACUUACAGGGGUCUUCCCAGAAGUGGAAGCCAAUAAGGGUUUGCCAGAGGAUAACUUUUCAGGGUUAUCUCAGGUUGACACAAUCUUGUCUAAAGAUGAUGAGCAGCAACAGUCUCCACCGCCUGCUGAAGAAAUAGAGUUUGUCCCUAUCCAGCCUUUGCCAGCAUCGCAAUGUAAUUUUUCUGGUAAUUUAGGUUAUCAUGGGACAGAGUCUCUUGAACUUCAGAAAGCAUUAGGGAAUCAGCAGAAUGUAGGACAGCAGCAGCAAAUUGCUGGGCAGGGGCUCUUAGUUCAAGAACCAGACGGAUUAAUGGUUGCCACUCCAGCACAGACGCUUACCGACACUCUUGAUGACCUAAUAGCAGCUGUGAAUAGCAGAGUGCCCAGUGGUUCCACCAGCUCCUCACUCCCUACUGAAUCCCCUACUCCUGAGCCUUGCUCCCAGGCCUCCAGCAACGUGCCCCCACAGUCCGUGCUCCCUAUGUAUCCUUCAGUUGACAUUGAUGCACAUACUGAAAGUAAUCACGACACUGCUCUGACCCUUGCAUGUGCAGGAGGUCAUGAAGAACUUGUAUCUGUACUGAUAGCACGUGGUGCCAAUAUUGAACACAGAGACAAGAAGGGUUUUACACCUUUGAUUCUCGCUGCAACUGCUGGACAUGUUGGUGUAGUGGAAAUUCUUCUUGACAAAGGUGGGGACAUCGAGGCACAGUCUGAGCGCACAAAGGACACUCCGCUGUCAUUGGCGUGCUCCGGUGGACGCCAAGAGGUGGUUGAUUUGCUGUUGGCACGAGGAGCAAAUAAAGAACAUCGGAAUGUGUCUGACUAUACACCGUUAAGCCUUGCUGCAUCUGGUGGCUAUGUUAAUAUCAUCAAGAUUCUUCUUAAUGCUGGGGCAGAAAUUAAUUCCAGGACUGGUAGCAAGCUUGGCAUUUCUCCUCUGAUGCUGGCUGCCAUGAAUGGCCACGUCCCUGCUGUGAAACUGUUGCUUGAUAUGGGUUCUGAUAUUAAUGCCCAGAUUGAGACCAACCGGAACACAGCUCUCACCCUGGCCUGCUUCCAAGGCCGAGCAGAGGUGGUCAGCCUGCUUUUGGACAGGAAGGCCAACGUUGAGCACAGGGCAAAGACUGGUCUCACACCUCUGAUGGAAGCAGCUUCAGGAGGAUAUGCAGAGGUUGGAAGGGUCCUUCUUGAUAAAGGAGCAGAUGUUAAUGCUCCACCUGUGCCUUCCUCAAGAGAUACAGCUUUAACAAUUGCAGCAGAUAAGGGUCACUACAAGUUCUGUGAGCUUCUCAUUAAUCGAGGAGCACACAUUGAUGUCCGUAACAAGAAAGGAAAUACACCUCUGUGGUUGGCAGCCAAUGGUGGUCACUAUGAUGUGGUUCAGUUGCUUGUGCAAGCAGGAGCAGAUGUGGAUGCUGCAGAUAAUCGGAAAAUUACACCUCUUAUGUCAGCGUUCCGCAAGGGGCACGUGAAAGUAGUUCAGUUCCUGGUGAAAGAAGUUAACCAGUUUCCUUCGGACAUUGAAUGCAUGCGGUACAUAGCAACAAUAACUGACAAGGACCUGUUGAAAAAGUGUCACCAGUGUGUGGAGACAAUUGUGAAAGCUAAAGACCAGCAGGCUGCAGAAGCGAAUAAGAAUGCAACUAUAUUGCUGAAGGAGCUAGACCUGGAAAAAUCAAGAGAGGAGAGCAGAAAACAAGCUCUUGCAGCUAAAAGGGAGAAAAGAAAGGAAAAGAGAAAGAAGAAGAAAGAGGAACAAAAAAGAAAACAAGAAGAAGAUGAAGAGAACAAGCCUAAAGAAACUCUGGAACUGCAAGAAGAUGAUGAUGAGGAAGAAAAUGAUGAUGAAGUGGAGCAAGAAGUUCCUAUAGAGCCUCCUAGUGCAACUACUACAACUACAAUUGGAAUUUCUGCAACUUCAGCUACUUUCACAAAUGCCUUUGGGAAGAAGAGAGCUAAUGUGGUGACUACCCCCAGCACAAACAGAAAAAAUAAGAAAAAUAAAACAAAAGAGACUCCUCAGAAUAUGCAAAUAAUUUUGCCAGAUCAACAUAUAUCUCUAGCGCAGCAAAAAGCAGAUAAAAAUAAAAUAAAUGGAGAGCCAAGAGGUGGUGGUGCAAGUGGGAAUAGUGAUUCAGAUAACUUGGAUAGCACAGAUUGCAAUAGUGAAAGCAGCAGUGGAGGUAAAAGCCAAGAGUUGAACUUCACAAUGGACACCAAUUCUUCCGAGCGGCGCUAUGCCUCUUUGCUUAUCCCCUCUCAGGAAGAAAAAACGGGCACCUCAGCUUCAAAAACACCAAUGAGACUUGAUGGUGAAGGUCAUUCAAAUUCUUUGUCAACUGCUUAUAAGCCGGUUUCCCUGCCUCUGACCUCUCCAAAUGUAAAGCUGAAUCUGACUAGUCCAAAAAGAGGCCAGAAAAGAGAAGAAGGCUGGAAAGAAGUGGUUAGAAGGUCAAAGAAAUUGUCUGUCCCAGCUUCUGUCGUAUCUAGAAUAAUGGGAAGAGGUGGGUGCAACAUCACAGCAAUUCAGGAUGUCACUGGUGCCCAUAUUGAUGUUGAUAAGCAAAAGGAUAAGAACGGAGAGAGAAUGAUCACUAUAAGGGGUGGCACAGAAUCAACACGAUACGCAGUGCAACUCAUCAAUGCCCUUAUUCAAGAUCCUGCCAAGGAACUGGAAGACUUGAUUCCUAAAACUCAUAUAAGAACACCUGCUUCAAGUACCAAAUCAAUCCAUGCAAACUUUUCAUCUGGAGCCAACACUGCGACUGCUUCAAGCAAGAACUCCUUUCCUCUUGGAGCACCACCCCUAGUCACGUCACAGUCAUCAACGCUAUCUACUUUCCAGCCUACUAACAAAAUAAACAAGAAUGUCCCAGCAAAUGUGCGCUCAUCUUUUCCAGUGUCUCUUCCUCUAGCUUAUUCUCACCCUCAUUUUGCCUUGCUGGCUGCUCAAACUAUGCAACAGAUCCGGCAUCCUCGCUUGCCUAUGGCUCAAUUUGGAGGAACUUUUUCGCCUUCACCAAACACUUGGGGACCAUUCCCAGUGAGACCAGUUAACCCUGGCAGCACGAACAGCUCUCCAAAGCAUAGUCCUGGGUUACCCACUUCUAGUUGUCCCAUUACUGUCUCCUCUGUAGCUGCUUCUACCCAACCGCUGUGUGUAACCAGUAACCGGACUCCCUCCUCGGUCAGAAAGCAACUGUUUGCCUGUGUUCCCAAGACAAGUGCUGCAGCAACAGCAAUCUCAACUGUGACAAGCACCUGUAGCACUCUGCCUUCAGCUUCCUCUGCUUCUCCAAACAACGGGCAAAUGCCCGCAGCAUUUCUGCCAUCUAAUGCUCCACAAACGCAGCAUUCUGCACUUAAAGCGGACUCUUUCUCAGCUGUCUCAGCACCCAAAGAGAAGGUGUCAACACCAGAGCAACCAGCUGCAAAUGUGUGCACCCCAUCUUCAGUUGCAAGUAGCUGCAUUGUGUCAGCUGGCAGCAACUCAGGAGUCACUGAAACUCGCCCAGCAAGCAGCCCUGCACCACUAAGUAACGUCCAAGAUGAAGUACUGCCAACCAGCAUGGCAGAGAUCAAUCCUUCCAUGACGAUGCCUUUUUCAUCCAGCUCAGAAACUGCUCCUUUAAGCUUAGCAUCACCCAGGUCAGUUGUUGCAGAUAAUCAGGACAACAGUAACUUACCUCAAGUCGCUGUACCAGCACCUCGAGUUACUCACAGGAUGCAGUCCAGAGGUUCUUUCUACUCAGUGGUACCAAAUGCAAACCUCCAUCAAGAUCCUCAGUCUAUUUUUGUUACAAAUCAAGUUCCUUUAACACCUUCUCAAGGUCCACCUGCUGCAGUGCAGCUUUCAUCAGCCAUGAACGUUAUGAACGGUUCUCAGAUGCACAUAAACCCAGCAAACAAAUCAUUGCCACCUACCUUUGGGCCAGCAACGCUCUUCAAUCACUUUAGUAGUCUUUUUGAUAGUAACCAGGUGCCAGCUAACCAAGGAUGGGGAGACUGUCCACUCAAUACCCGAGCAGCAGCUGACCCAUCUUUCACUGUUCAGUCUACCUUUCUGAAUAACUCUGUGCUAGGACAUGUGGAAAAUGUGCAUCCUGACAACUCCAAGGCUCCUGGUUUCAGGCCACCUUCCCAACGAGUUUCAACUAGUCCUGUAGGCUUACCCUCUCUAGAUCCAUCCAACAGCUCUACAACUUCUUCUUCAGGUCCUUUGACAGGCUUUUCAGCAAACAUACCAGGAGCACGGGUUUACCUUCAAGGGCCAGCGCCUGUUGGGACUCCCAGCUUUAACAGACAGCAUUUUUCACCACAUCCUUGGACAAGCGCAACAAAUUCAUGAUCAUCUUCGCCCCUUUCUGCUGCUUCUGCAUCUUCUAACUUGGGCCAUCCAAAAGCAGGUAACGCCAGUCAAGAUCGAAAGGUCCCCCCUCCCAUCGGGACAGAAAGGCUGGCCAGGAUUCGCCAGGGAGGAUCCGUCACUCCAACACCCUUAGGAACUAACUUCACGGCUCCUGUUGGUCAUAGUGGUAUUUGGUCCUUUGGAGUUAACAGUGUGUCUGAAGGAUUGUCAGGUUGGUCUCAGCCUGUCAUGGGAAAUCAUCCGAUGCAUCAGCAGCUGUCGGACCCCGGCACAUUUUCUCAGCAUCAGCCAAUGGAGAGAGAUGAUUCUGGAAUAGUGGCUCCCUCAAAUAUUUUCCACCAACCUAUGCCAAAUAGUUUUGUGGAUUUUUCUAAAGGCCUACCGAUUUCCAUGUACGGCGGCACCCUGAUACCCUCGCACCCUCAGCUAGCGGAUGGCCCAGGAGGCCCCCUCUUUAAUGGGCUCCAUACGCCAGAUCCCGCCUGGAAUCCCAUGAUCAAAGUUGUCCAGAACUCAACGGAAUGUACUGAUGCUCAGCAGAUUUGGCCUGGCACCUGGGCACCUCACAUUGGAAACAUGCAUCUCAAGUACCCGCAUCAUCUACGACCGCAAGUUCCUGCUGGAGUGCAAGAAUUCACCCGUGGCCAGGACCCCUCCCUGCUGCCUGCCCCAGAUCCCCGGUGUCACAUCCCUGGCCCAGUCCAGCCUCGUCAAGCUGGAGGAGCUCAAGGAGCAGAAUGAGAGCGAAGAAGCCAUGCCAGAUCAAGACCAGUUUGAGAUGGACAUCUGAGUUUCCAGCUCCCUGUUUCCAGAUCACAGCUGGGCCUGUUCCUGGGCCUCGUGGAGGUGCUGGCACUGUGACCAGCUGGCUGCAGCCCUCUCUGAUGCUGGGGAUGGAUGUGUGACACCUCAGGCUCUAGCACAACUGGCUGGUGCAAUUGCCUAGGAGCUCAUGCUUGAUCAAUAAACAACAUGAAACCCUUGUG